AAACGGCCCCUUGCGGCUAAUAGAACCCAUCUAUAUUUUUAACUGUGUCUGAUCACUGAUCACAGGAUUUUGAGGUCUACAAUACAGAUUGGGUUUCCGUUAUCGUUAAUACUAAACUUUUUCAUAAAUUUUCAUCUGAAACUGUAAAUCGAUCCUUAUUCUUUAGAAUAAAAGUUGUUUUACUCAAUUUUGAUUGGGUUGAUUUAAAAACGAAUAAUAAUUAUGGUCCAUUGAACCUUACAGUACUUCACAGUCCACAUCAUUUGUGUGGGGAUCGCCUGUCUAUGCCGUCGCUAUGAUGAGGACUGUCUGCCUCUGCUUCUGUAUCCUGAUCCAAGGCGGUCUAUGUGCGGAGUCCGAGGAGAGGUUGCUGAAGUGGCUACUGAGUAGAGAGCGUUACAACAAGCUGAUACGACCGGCCAGUAACCGGUUUGAACCAGUUACCAUCAAACUGCAGGUCUCCCUGGCACAACUGAUCAGUGUGCAUGACAGGGAACAAAUUAUGAUCACCAAUGUCUGGCUAACACAGAACUGGGUUGAUUACAGGUUGUCAUGGGAACCCUCAGACUUUGAUGGGAUUGACAAGCUCCGCAUUCCGUCCCGUCAUAUAUGGCUCCCAGAUAUUGUACUGUACAACAAUGCUGAUGGUAUCUAUGAGGUGACAGUCUUCACCAACGCCAUCGUCCUGUCCAACGGCACCAUCUUCUGGCUCCCACCAGCUAUCUAUAAGAGUGCCUGCAAGAUCGAGGUCAAACACUUCCCAUUCGACCAACAGAACUGCACCCUGAAGUUCCGCUCGUGGACCUAUGACCACACUGAGCUACAACUUUACCUCAAGACAGGUGUGGCCAGUAUGGAUGACUUCACGCCCAGUGGAGAGUGGGACAUCUUGGCUUUACCCGGGAGACGUACUUUCUCCAGCUCAGAGCCCAUCUACGUGGAUGUGACCUACGACUUCCUGAUCAAAAGGAAUGAAUAUAUACCGUUGUUCUACACCAUAAAUCUGAUUAUCCCCUGUGUCCUCAUCACCUCUCUGACUGUGUUGGUCUUCUACCUGCCCAGUGACUGUGGAGAGAAGAUCAGUCUGUGUGUCUCUGUACUGUUGGCCCUCACUGUGUUCCUGUUGCUGAUAUCUAAGAUCGUACCGCCAACCUCGCUGGACGUGCCCCUGAUCGGUAAAUACCUGAUGUUCACCAUGGUUCUCGUAACCUUCUCCAUCGUCACCAGUGUGUGUGUUCUGAAUGUCCAUCACCGUUCCCCCAGCACACACACCAUGCCCCACUGGGUUAAAGUUGUGUUCCUGGACUGGCUGCCUGCCCUGCUGUGCAUGAGGCACCCCCAGAACAACUCAGCCAGACAGCGUCUCCGUCAGAGGAGGCAGCUGUCGCUCCAGAAGACCAAGGAGGCUAGCCCAGGGAUGGACCCUGGCGUGGCCUCCUCUCCUUCCUCUUCGCCAUUCCUCCUAUCUCCUGGGUCCUACUACCUCAGAAAAAGGAGUGUGAGGACACAAGAGGGGUUUCUGCCCACGGAGCAACUGUCUGGUCGCCCGUGGUGUGGCAGCUCCAGCUCUGACAUCAGUCACAGUCCUGACCUACAGGAAGCUGUGGACGGGGUGCGAUUCGUAGCUGACUACAUGAUUAGAGACAACAACAAGACUGUGAUUGAGGACUGGAACCUGACGUCCACCAAACCAACCAGCAGCUUCACGUCCACCAAACCAAUCAGCAACCUCAUUUCCACCAAACCAACCAACAGCCUCACGUCCACCAAACCAACCAGCAACCUCACAUCCACCAAACCAACCAGCAACCUCAAGUCCACCAAACCAACCAGCAACCUCACAUCCACCAAACCAACCAGCAACCUCACGUCCACCAAACCAACCAGCAACCUCACGUCCACCAAAACCAAUCAGCAGCCUCACAUCCACCAAACCAACCAGCAACCUCACAUCCACCAAACCAACCAGCAACCUCACAUCCACCAAACCAAUCAGCAGCCUCACGUCCACCAAACCAAUCAGCAGCCUCACGUCCACCAAACCAACCAGCAACCUCACGUCCACCAAAACCAAUCAGCAGCCUCACAGUUGACAGACAAGAUGACAUUCCCCCGGAGAGUCACCAACGUCAUAGCUCACAUUCUCGAGACUUAG